UCUUUCAUAUAUAAUACUUUUUCUUGUUUUCCCUUUCUUCUUCUAUCACUCUAUUUAUUUAUUUAUUUAUUUAUUUAUUUAAUAUUUUUGUUGCUCUCUGUUUUGGCUGAUCAUUAUAGCAGCUUUAUUAAUAAUAUUUCACUUGUUAUUCUUUUAUAUAUAUAUAUAUAUAUAUAUUACUCUGGGCGCUGGUCUUUUUAUUUAUUUUUUAAUAUAUAAUAAUAUAUAUUACAUACAUAUAUCUUCUCCUACACAGCCAUCUUAUUUGGAUCCAAAUAAGGAUAUUUCUCUUAAUACACUCACUUCACCUACGCCUACAAGAACAACUACAAGAACAACUACACAUCAUAUACAAACGCACUAGCACUCGUACUCUGUACUAAGGACUCUGCACUCUGCACUCUACACUCUGCACUCUGCACAUACGUUCACGCAUACGCUCACUCAUACAUACUCGCAUACAUACUCGCAUACAUACACAAAGUGGAAUAAAGAAUAAGCUAUAUAUAUAUAUAUAUAUAUCUGUAUAAAAAUGAACGACUUUAGCUACCCAGCCACCAAAGAACUCAACAAAACAAUGCCCCUCUACCACGAUGGUUAUCAAGCCGACAGAACCUUCCAGUCCGAACAAUCCCCUUUAUCACCUGAUCCAUGGGCCGAGUCUACUGCUCCAGAUCCGGUGAGCUGCGACCUCCAGGAUGUAAUCAUCUGUUACCAGUCACAACCAGAUCUCCUCAAGCUCAUUCUUCUCAGCAAGGUCGAGGAGGACAAGCGACGAGCAGAAGAAGCCAAGCUACGAGCCAAAGAACUUGACCUUCUCUUACUCCAACACUCCUUCCAUUCGCUCUCCGCCAAUGCCUUUUCACUCGACGCCAUGCUACACCUCUCCCCCGACCAGCGAUCGAUGCUCUCUCAACUCCAAGGCGUCGGCUCUCACCACAACCGACGACACAGUUCGGAUCAUAAUAUUCACAAUACCACCGCCACCGCCACCAAUAACAGUAGUAUGGAUCUUGAUGAUAGUCGCCGAGACUCUACUAUUGGAUCAUCCUUUGACGGAAGUGCCAAUUCUGACGAACUCGAAUCAUCUUCUUCAUUUUCUCCUAUUCCCGCCACAGCCAUGCCCUCUCUCCUCAGCAUGACCACAAAUUUGGAUGAGAUCAAAGCGUGUGAUUCUAAUUCUAUUGUUAUGAUGACGUUUAGCUACACACAGCCAAUGGCAGGCCUUGGGCACCCCAAACACACUAUUACACAUCCGCUGUCUCCGCCAUCAUAUCCACAUUUAGGUUUAGAUGAGCCUUUCCAACUAGAUGAUGUUGACCCACAGCAAUUAUUAUCUCCACACCCACACCCACAUUCACACACAAACUCACAUACACAUCCACAUACACACCAACACCAAAAUUCACAUUCACACCAAAAUCAACUACCGCCACCGCCACCACAAUCCUCAUCUCCAACCCAAAGUCCAUGUGGAGAAUCAACAGCCCAGCGACCACGGCGGAGGCGGGAGAUGCAGGCGAUCACAAAGAUUGUAGAGACACGCGAACACCCCUAUGUGGAUGGCUAUUUCUGGAAAAACAAUGGAAACACCAUUCAAAAAAAGACAGGCAACAAGAGUGUGUAUUACAAAUGUUCGAACAGUAGCAAGGGAUGUCCUGUUAACAAGACAGUUACAUGGAAGGACAGAGGAGAGUAUAUGAUCAAGUAUAGAGGUGACCAUUUGGUAGAGUGCAACAAAGUUCAGCGUAUUGUUGAUAUGUAAAUAAUAGAUAACCCAAAAUAUAUAUUAUAAAUAUUUAUAAUCAAAAAUCACCUUUAAAAAAUAAUUAAUUAAAACAAUAAAAGCAUAAUAAUUAUAAUGAUAUGUAUAACUGUAAAUAACAAUAUUUCCCCUCCCACCUCUUCUUCUUCUACCAAUACUUCUUUAUAAAAUAUAUAUAUAUAAAUAUUUAUAUAAAAAAAAAAUUCUUUUCUUCAAGACUUUAUUUGUACACAUGUUAUAUACAAAAAUGGAUCCCAUUGGAGCUUUAAGCACAAAGAAAGCGUAAUUAAUUUGAUAUAAUUAUAAUAAUUUUCUUUACUCCUCUUUGUCAUUAAAUAAAUAGAUAUAAUUUGAAUG